UUUUCUUCAUGUGCGUACUCACAGGAGACAGGACUUGCUCACUCUCAGCUUCUAUCUGCUUAUGGGGUUGGAUACAGAGCUGGAAUUUCAAAAGUAUCGCAGAGUAGGUAAGAGCCCUAGAAAUGUCCACCAUUCUCGUUGCUAUAGUUCAAAAGAUGAUGACAGAGAUGUGAAAGGAAAGCCCACAAGCAGUGGCUACCAAUUAAAGAUCAUAGAUCAGGAUUACACAGAAAUUAGUUUUGAUGACUCCCAGAAUUCCGUCUGUAAAAGGAUGCCAUCUGGACCAGCUGGGUUAGCAGGUAAUGAAGAGCUGAAGAGGGGUUCUAUAUAUCAGAGCUCAAAAGAAGUGAGGAAAAUGAAGAAAAUGGGAGAGUUUGAGAGAAGAAAGAUUGAAUUGUUGCGCAGUAGUGACACAUCUUUGUCCUUUCAGAUUGUCGACUCUCUAUCUCAGUCAAAUGAUUCAAGCACUUAUGAACAGCAGAAAAGAUCAUCAUCGAUGUCCGCAAUGACAGAUCUGGGCAAAACAUUGGAUGACAAGACCUACAUGGCACCAAAUUCUCCGGACUCCCUGGAUCUCUACUUCGGCCUUUUCCCCUCCCCAGGUAAUGUUGUGAGCAAGGAUGCCCCAUCAGAUAAUUUCUUUGAGAUCUGUCUAGACACGGAGGACAGGAAACACCAGUCUGCUGAGACAAUAGAUAAAGGUACGGUGGGAAAACUGAAUUUCAGGUGUGAUCGGAGUGUUGGUCAUUUAAACAGUAGUCAUUGUCUCUUGGAAAGAGAUAUGGUCCUUGCUCUGCACAAGUCCUCAUCAGAAAAGGUGGGAAUGUCCCAUUCACCCUUUUCGUCUGAUGGUCAUCACUCUAAAGGCAGCCCAAAGGUCCGGUUCAACCCCAUUAGAAGGAUGUUCGAUCCAAUCCUGAAGUCUAAAUCUCAACGGAGUCAACCAGUUUCAGUGGCAGAAUUUGGUGACAUAACAACUUUAGGGUUAGCAAGCAUUAGAAGGAAGAAGACAGUUUGCAAAUCUUUGUUGCAUGAUUUUUCAAACAGUGUACAGAAGGAAGAACCCGGGGCUCAUUUUGUCAAAAAUGAUAAGCACAGGUUGGAUGUGGCCUCAUCACCUGCUCACCUACAUGGGCUUCUUAAACUGGACUAUAAACAUGGAGUUCCAUUUCUGGAGUUCUCAUUGAAUAACCUAGAAGAUACCCUUGUAGCCAAAACAUGGAAAGGCCAUAAUGCUUUCAAUUGGGUGUAUACCUUCCACUCUCUGAACAAUAGAAGAAAGAGUGGUACCAGUGGAUGGAGUUCAAAAGAGAGACACAAAGAGGCCUCAAUGGUUGGUCAGAUGCAAGUUUCCUGUUACCUAUGUUCCACAAUGCAAAAUGCUGGAGCCUUUGAUAACUCUAUGGUGACAGAGUUUGUCUUGUAUGAUAUUGCACAUGCAAGGAAGAAUUUCGCUACACAAGGAAGUCCUGACUGUCAAGCAGACUCUAUUAAACCUCCCAAGGGUCCUUAUAGUGGUGACUCAGAUAAGGGCUUUUCUAUGGAUUUGAAUGAUGUCUUAGAUCCAGCGAAGCUCAAACAUCAAACUAGACAUGCUUCUGGCAAUGAUUAUUCAGAUGUUUCAACACCGUACCCGUGGGCUCCUGCUGAUUUGCUUCCAUACCUUGAAAUUGCAGCAGUUGUCAUUCAAGUUCCAUUUCAAAAAAGGGAAAGCCUUAAAGACGAGCAAGGUGAUUGUGGGAAGGCUUGUUCAAACUUAGUUGAUUUCUCUGUGGUUGAGCAGAGAAGGGAUGACACUACCCACAAUAUAAGUCCAGCAAAGGUGAAGGUUGUGACUUCAACUGGGACCCAUGGUUUGCCUAGUACUGAAGGCGGUAGGGGCCCUUCGCCAUUAUUGGAUCGAUGGAGGUCAGGUGGAGGCUGCAAUUGUGGUGGCUGGGACAUGGCCUGCCCCCUUGUUGUUUUUGGAAAUCCCAUUAUCCAAAAUGUAGGAGAUCAUCAUGUGGGAAGCCGACAGCCUUUGGAGCUCUUUGUUCAGGGAGGAAAAGAGAAGAUGCCCGCAUUGACCAUAAAUCUUAUUGAUGAGGGGCAGUAUUCAGUUGAUUUUCAUGCUCAGUUAUCCACUUUACAGGCAUUCUCAAUUUGUGUUGCUAUCUUGCAUAGUACUGCAGACUGUACUGCAGCUGAGCAAGAGAGGACCACACACAGGUUGCAAUGCAAUUCACUGAAGUUGCUGCUUGAGGAAGAAGUGAGAUUCUUGAUUGAAGCAGUUGCAGAGGAAGAGAAAAGGAAAGCGACAAAGAUAAUGGAAGAAACCCCACCAUCUUUUGUGAUCAACCCGCCCUUUUCUCCAAUUGCACGAGUGUAGAUAUAUGCUGAAUUGCUUGGUGUGUUGGCCAGACUGCUGGAGAAACCCAGCCCAAGUUAAGAGAUGUCGGAGUUGCUGCCCAUGUUGCAUGGACACUUCCAUCAAGGAGCCACCCGUGUAUCCGAUCACAUUCGAGUGCAGAUGCCAUCCAUGUGUCCGAUCACGCUCAAGCACAUCAUUCUGUACCAAGUUGCAUUGGUACCAUGA